AUGCACAUGCUUUCCAUGAAGUCUGUUGCUUUAUUGCAACUUGGAUUUCUACUUGUUCAGGGAAUACCUGUUCCCGAUCAAGCUAUUCAGAAGCUACUCAAGAUUCCUCCAGGUCGCAGCCAAGAUGUACUGUUUGGCAAUCCUCCCUUCACACCAGGUCAUCGUGACCCAUUUGAUCACAAGGUAGACUCGAUUGGGGAUGAUCGAGAGCCUUUACCGUACAGUGGAGGUAACGGUGCUUCAAUUGAAGGUCCCAGAAACAAAGAUCGCGAGAAGCAGAAUCCCGACCUUGUUCGUCCUCCCAGCACUGACCAUGGCAGUAUGGCCAAUAUGCGCUGGAGCUUUGCCGAUUCGCAUAUUCGGAUCGAGGAAGGAGGAUGGACUCGCCAGACCACGAUUCGGGAGCUACCAACCAGUCGCGAGCUAGCAGGUGUGAACAUGCGCCUGGAUGAGGGGGUGUAUCGCGAGUUACACUGGCAUACAGAAGCAGAAUGGGCGUAUGUGCUCGUGGGUAAGGUCAGGGUGACUGCACUCGACCCGGAUGGCGGCAGCUUCAUGGAUGAUCUGGAAGCAGGCGAUUUGUGGUACUUUCCUGCAGGAUUUCCUCACUCUUUGCAAGGAUUGAGUCCCAAUGGCACCGAGUUCCUCCUCAUCUUCGACGAUGGAAAUUUUUCUGAGGAGUCAACAUUCUUGUUGACGGAUUGGAUGGCACAUACACCUAAGGCAGUACUGGCCGAGAACUUUAGAGUAAAGCCCGAGAAAUUCCUCUCUAUCCCGACCGCGGAAAAGUACAUUUUCAAGGGUUCCGUACCAGGCAGCAUUGAUCACGAGAAACCCCGUGGAUUCCACAAGAGCAAGAUCCAAUUCACCCACCACAUGCACGCUCAAUAUCCUCUUCAAACUACAGGUGGUCUAGUACGCAUCACGGAUUCUACCAAUUUCCCGAUCUCAAAGACAGUGGCUGCAGCUCACCUCGAGAUUGCUCCGGGCGCACUUCGGGAAAUGCAUUGGCAUCCUAACGCGGAUGAGUGGACAUAUUUCAAGAAAGGUCGAGCGCGUGUUACUGUUUUUGCAGCUGAAGGGAAUGCCCGAACAUUCAACUACAUGGCUGGAGAUGUGGGGAUUGUACCGCGGAACAUGGGUCACUUCAUUGAGAAUUUGAGUGAUGACGAGCCCCUGGAGGUGCUGGAGAUUUUCCGCUCUGAUAAAUUCCAAGAUUUUUCGUUGUUUCAGUGGCUUGGAGAGUCGCCACGACGCUUGGUUGCGGAACAUAUUUUUGGUAAUGAUAAAGAGGCAGCGGAGGACUUUUUGAAGCAGAUUGAGGGAGCUGAGAAGGAUCCGAUCAAGAAUACAUAA